UCCGCCACACACACCCUUUGCUCAUCGCACACAACUUCACCCUAAGCAUGGAGCCAGAACAAGAGCGUGAAGACGUGCCGCGCGUCGCGGUCGAUAGUCUGCACGACUGGGCGCGGAUCCGCCGGAGCUAUGCCGACGCUGCGCGAGCCCAGCUCGAAGCGCGUCUCGCGGACUCACGUCGAACACCCGCCGAACAAGAGCGAUUGAAGGCGGCGCUUGACACGUUCAUAGAGCGCACGUUCGAGAUGUGCAGGCCCAACUUGCGCGUAAACGGCAGGAACUUCGAGGAGCUUGACGCAGACGAACAAGGCGCGCUUUCUUUCCUGCCCCUCGGCGGUAUCGAGCCUUUUGACGAAGGCCUCGAUCGGCACAUCUGGUCGCUCUCGGACCAGCGACUCCAGUGGGACGGCGAGAUCGCGCGCAAGCGACGCGAGAAGCCCGCCGAGGUGCAACGGCUCAUGCAAGAACUUCUAGAUACACAGCGUGCUGUAGAUGACACGGAGGCAGAGGAGUAUGCGGCGAUCGUCGCCGACGAGGACGAGAGCUCAUUGGAGCCAGACUUGCCGGAGGAGAUAUAUGCAGCGGUGGAAGACACAGCGAGGAGGACAUUUGCUCUCGUAGACGAGCUGCAGCAGAGCGUACGACUACAACACGAACGAUCUGAGAGACUUAAAGUUGCCACCGCCGAAAUUAAGAACCUUAAACCGUAGCACCUGUAUUGUUCACACCGAGUAUCAGCUCACAUAGCGCUACUAGCCGUUGUAUACUAUCCAGUCAUAUAACAGUGCCUUUAUUCAUAGAUCACGAUACUAGUCAAGUCGUGCAUGGGCUAGCUGGUAGUCUCUUUGGUCACCUUCCGCG